AUGGAUAUUCAGGAACUUCACCCGAACUUCUCGGUCUUCCCAACUUAUUCUCUCAUCCUCCCCCCUUCCCCCACUAGCGAAGGACGCAAGUUCGAGCUGCGUAAUAAGGUCAUUGGCGUCUACGACAAGGGCAAGCCCGGUACUGUGGUCGAGACUGAACAGUCCAUUGUGGACAAGGAAAGCGGCGAGGUGUUCACCAAGGUCCGGAGCAGUGGUUUCCUGGUCGGACAGGGUGGCUGGGGUGGCCCUAAGGGACCCAGCACUGUCAACUACGCUCCGCCCGAAGGCAAGGCUCCCGACGCCACACAUGUCGUUCAGACCACCCAAGAGACCGCUCACCUGUACCGUCUCAACGGUGACUACAACCCUCUUCACGCCACACCGGAGCCCGGCCAAAAGAUGGGCUUUGGUGGUACCAUUAUCCACGGUUUGUUCAGCUGGAACUCUGCCGCACACGGCAUCCUGCGCGAAUUGGGUGGUAGCAACCCUGCCAAUAUGAAGGAGUUCGAGGCUCGCUUUGCCUCGCCUGUCCGUCCCGGUGACAAGCUUACCACUGAGAUUUGGAGAAUGGGCAAUGUUGUAGAUGGCUAUGAGGAGGUUCGCUUUGUCACUAAGAAUGAUAAGGGUCGGGUUGUGUUGAGCAAUGGCCGUUGUCUGUUGAAGAUCACCGGCGUGAAGAGCAAGCUUUGA